AUGGAAAUCGUGUUGUUUCACCUAUUCAUAUUGGUCUCUCAUGCUGCAACUUCCCUCUCAGAAGAAAAAUGCAACCCACAGGACAAAAGAGUCCUUCUCCAAAUCAAAAAAGACCUCAACAACCCAACCUUUCUAUCCUCUUGGAGCCCACACACUGAUUGCUGCAACUUCAAUUGGAAUGGUGUGAGUUGCAAACCCCACACCAACCGUGUCCACUCUAUUACCCUUGUAAACGAAGACCACCCCUUUCAAAUUCCACCAUCCAUAGGUAACCUACCUUACCUUGAAAACCUGUUUCUUUAUGUGUUCCCAAACCUCACUGGCCCAAUCCCUGAGGCCAUUUCCAAGCUCACCAAGCUCAGUUCCCUCACACUCAGCUCAACCCAAAUAUCAGGACCAAUACCCAAUUUCUUGGCCGAACUCAAAAGCCUAAGUUACUUGGAUCUCUCCUUCAACGAACUCUCUGGGACACUCCCUCCUUCUCUCUCCUAUUUGCAUGAUCUCACAACCAUUGACUUUGACAACAACAUGCUUACAGGACCAAUCCCGGACUCAUAUGUGUCGUUGGCAAAGUUGAAAAACUUGUACUUUAUUAACUUGUCUCAAAACAGGCUCGAAGGUGAUGCAUCCGUGCUUUUUGGGUCCACCAAAGGGAUAGCUACCAUUCACCUUUCAAGGAACUUGCUGGCCUUUGACCUGGGAAAAAUUGAGUUGCCUAAGAACCUAACAACAUUGGAUGUGAGUCACAAUCGAAUCUAUGGGAAUCUCCCUGUAGGAUUACAAAAUUUGCAGUUGUUGAAUGUAAGCUACAAUAUGCUUUGUGGUGAGAUUCCCCAAGGUGGCAAUUUGCAGAGCUUUGACGUGUCUUCAUUUUUUCACAAUAAGUGCUUGUGUGGGUCUCCGCUGCCAAGCUGCAAGUGA